GAGAGAGAGACCUGUUGGUAUAAAAGCUCUCUCUCUCUCACUCUCCUGUAUCUCUAGUGUAUUUGUUGUGUUGGGGGGACCCCAGUUGUGUGUGUGUGUGUUUGCCAUUUGCAGUAUACAGAGGACUGAUAACAUCCCAGGAUGCAUCAGCUGCUCGUCGUGACCUCAGCGCUGGUGGCGCUCUGCUGUCUGGGGAGCGUGGAUUCUUCAGCCUACGACAAGAUCGUCACCCACAGUCGCAUACGGGCCCGGAAUGAAGGGCCCAACGUGUGCGCUCUGCAGCAGGUCAUGGGCACCAAGAAGAAAUACUUCAGCACGUGCAGGAACUGGUACAAAGGCGCUAUCUGUGGCAAGAAGGCGACAAUCAUAUAUGAGUGCUGUCCUGGGUACAUGAUGAUGGAGGGUAUGAGAGGAUGCCCUGCAGUGGCUCCCAUCGACCACGUGUAUGGUACGCUGGGGCUCGUAAAGGCUACAACCACACAGCAGUACGCCGACAUUUCCAAGCUGAGAGAGGAAAUUGAAGGCCAAGGCUCCUUCACCCUGUUUGCACCGAGCAAUGACGCCUGGGACCAGGUUAACCCUUCUGCGCGGUCUGCACUGGUGAGCAACGUGAACAUCGAGCUGUACAACGCUCUUCACUUCCACAUGGUGAACCGACGUCUUCUGACAAAAGGGAUGAAGGACGGCAUGACUGUAAAAUCCAUGUACAAUGACCUGGGGCUCUACAUCAACCACUAUUCAAAUGGGGUUGUGACAGUGAACUGUGCCAGAAUCAUCCACGGCAACCAGGUGGCCACAAAUGGCGUUGUGCAUGUGAUCGAUAGGGUCAUCAGCGCUGUGGGCAACACCAUCAAGGAUGUCCUGGAUGUCACGGAUGACCUCGACUCCUUCAAUGCUGCAGCGUUGGCUUCUGGAAUGAUGGACAAGCUGAGCCAGCCUGGACACUACACCCUGUUUGCACCCACCAACAAAGCCUUUGACAAAUUGAACUCAGGCUACCUGGAGCGUAUCAUGGGCAAGAAGGCUGUCGUUGCAGCCCUGGUGAACUACCACCUGCUGAAGAGUGUCCAGUGUUCAGAGGCGAUCACGGCAGGAACAGCGUAUGAGACGGAGGAAGGCAGCAACAUAGAGAUUGGCUGCGACGGCGACAGUUUGACAGUGAAUGGAAUCAAGAUGGUGCUGAAGAAAGACAUCGUCACCACCAACGGAGUCAUCCACCUCAUCGACCAGGUGCUCAUCCCAGACUCAGCCAAGGAAGUGAUGGAGCUGAUGGGAGACACACAGAGUACGUUCACUGACAUGGUGUCCGAACUGGGAUUAGCCGCCGUCAUGCGUCCGCAGACUGAAUACACACUUCUCGCUCCACUCAACGGAGCCUUCACUCAUGAGGUGUUGUCAAGAGACCAGAGUGUGCUGAGAGCAAUCUUGGAAAAUCACAUCUUGAAGCUGAAAGUCACCCUGAGUGAACUCUACAAUGGACAGCUGCUUGAAACACUGGCUGGCAAAAUCCUCCGAGUGUUCAUUUACCGCACUGCUGUGUGCAUAGAAAAUGCUUGUAUGGUGCGUGGCAGUAAGGAGGGAAGCAAUGGGGCCCUCCAUCUGAUGAACUCUCUCAUCACCCCGGCCAAGAAGACGAUGUACGAGCUCCUGAUUGCUGACGGACGGUUCAAGAUUUUCCUGUCACUGAUGGAAACGGCAGGUCUGACUGAUCUGCUGAGGCAGGAAGGCUCCUACACCAUCUUUGCACCAACCGACGAGGCAUUCGAUGGCCUGAGUACAGAAGACUUUGCUCUGCUCAGAAGUGAUCUGAAUGUUCUGAGAACCAUUCUGCUGUACCACUUCAGUAAUGGCAUCUUCAUUAAUGGAGGAUUGGAGGGAGGAGUUACCAAUCUGCUCAAAACGCUGCAGGGCAAGAACCUGCAAGUUAUGUCUGUUAACAACUCUAUUCAUGUCAACUCUGUGAACGUUCCAGACAGUGACGUUAUGGCCACAAACGGUGUCAUCCAUAUGGUGAAGAACGUUCUGUACCCCGGAGACCUUCCUGUGGGCCGUCAGGACCUCCAGGUCCUCCUGAAGAAACUGAUUAGAUACAUCCAGAUAAAGUAUGUUUCAGGAUUUUCUUACAAUGAGAUCCCAAUCACUUUCAUCAAGAAGACCAUUACCAACACUCACUAUAUUGAAAGAGUCCCUGAUGUGACAAAGGUGAUCAGAGUGUUGGAAGAAGAACCAACCAGGGUGAUUGGGCUGGACAAGGUGAUCACCAAGGUAACGAGAGUCAUCGAAAAACAACCAAUUGUCACCGAGGUGGUUGUCAAGGGGGAGCCGGUGAUCACCAAGGUAACCAGGGUCAUCGAAACGGGGGAACCAAAAAUUACCAAGGUUACAAGAGUUAUUGAUGGUGGAGAGUUUGAUGCUGAUGGGAAACAAAUUGAAGGUGGAGCCAGACAAACCACGGUGAACGAGCCUCAUAUCAUUGAGGGUCCAGACUUCUCGAAAAUCACCACCAUCCAUGGCAACCCGGGUCUGAUCAAUGAGGAAUCAGAGAGGAUUACCAGACUCAUUAAAGAGGGAGGUAGAGGAGCGCCCAGCAGAAGACCUCCAGCUGGAAUGAGGCGGGCAAGGCUGGUCAGGCGUCACCACAAGCCGAGGCAGUGAAUCCUGAAACAUCUCCGGGCUCACCGCAGGGACUGAAUGCACCUCGAGCGCUCCUGGUCGAGUGCUGGAGGGUUGAAAAAAGUUGGACCAACAGGGAGAGAUCCAAUCAUUUUAGCUUUGUGAUUGUUCCAUCCGGACCAUACUGUAUGUGAUAGGCAUGAUGUGUAAUAGCAUUGCAGUGACAUAGAAAUACCCUUCAUGUAAGUGUGCAUGGGAAAUAUGAAUUUGUGCCGUUGGGUAGAUGGUGUGUAAGGUGAGAUAUAUUCUACCAUAGAGAUAUUUUGCUUUUUUUAUUAAAGUCAUGUCACUUUGUAAACUUGGCUUGGGAAGAUUUGUCUAUGCUUUUUUUAAUGGUGCUUGUUUUCUGUACAAUAGAUGCAUUUUAAAGAAACCGUGUUUUGCUACCAUUGAUGCUGUAUCGUACCUUUGUAAAUUAUCACAUGGUGAUUAAAAACACAAUGGAUUUUUA